AUGCUAGCUCUGAAAAUCCUCGUCACCCAAAUUACCGGCCCUCAAGAUCCAGAAACAGCAACGGCAGACGAACAGAGUCACCUGGAAAGAGAAUUAGGCUUCUUCAACCACUAUGAACCAGCCACCGCCGCAUCAGUCGACGUCUUCGCCGUUCAUGGCCUAAACGGCCACUGGGCAAAAACAUGGACCCACAGCUCGUCGCCUAACUCCAACUGGCUCCAACAUUACCUGGGCCACGACAUCCCCCCAGAGCCCGCAUAUUCUGUGCUCAUCUUCAUAUGCCACAGUGUGGGUGUCAAGCUGUCCAUUACUUGCGGCCAGGAGGGCCCCAGUUUCGAUGAUAUCUCCAAGCAAGUGUAUGGCAGUGUCUCCCUGGUGAAGCCGCACGACAACUCGAUGAAAUCGAAGAGUUUUGGCUCCGCUAUCUUCGUCAGCCAUCCUCGUCCAAUGAUGACGAUAAUAGUACAUUUUGCAAAUUUCCGAUCCCUGGAAGAUGAGAAUUACAUGAUUGUCCUAUACAAAAUCCAAAACAUGUCCAAAAGCACUACGGAGAGCAAGAAAAGCGCUCUGCUCAAUAGCAACCAACCAAUUGAAAGAUUCACCAGCUCUUAA